AACCGUGGAGACAUACAAGUCAUGGACCAGAUCUCCAAGUUACUUGACGAUCAAUCCGUUUCACUAGAUGAAGUCCUCGCGUUUAUCGACUCUAGAGACUUUGAUCUGUCAAUGACCGAAGAACAACAUCGACAAGUUGAUAGCAUCUUCUUCGACGACUCGAUUGCCAUCGAAGAUGAUCUAUUAGUAUUGGCAUCAGAUCAAAUCUCGGGCGAUACCAAAGAGACCAGUCUCAGCACUACCCACCAACCCGAAGCUGGUAUCAAUGUGGCUCCAUCACUCCACAAGGCUGGCAGUAGUGACUGUCAUUCUGGGUCAUUGGUUCGUGCUGCUGUACCCACUGCUCCCUACGAGGAGCGCGGACGUGUUCGAGACCGCGUCAUCCGGUUAAGAGCAUUAGUCAAGCAGCUUGAACAGCAGCUCGAAGAUCUCAAUAGAAGGAAGGCUCAAGCGGCUAAUGGCAUGUCAAGAGAGGACAACAACGCACAAAGCGAUGGUUACAAACAGAGCAUUGACAACGUUGGAGGGACAGCAUCUACUGCUCAUUCUCACGACGAUGUCGUGACUUGGCAUGGGAUUGCUAUUCGGCAAUAUGCAGCGAGACGAGGGGCGGAAAUGGAAAACUCGAGCUUGCGACAGCGACUGGAGGAGCAACUUGGACUGGCUAAGCGACUGAAAAAUCUAAUACGAGGUUAGCUAUGAGCAAGUCUGCUGCGGACAUGUGAAUAUGUACGCUCAGUCUUACAGGCAUGCUGUAGAAUAGGCGGAAGAAUUCAUUCUCUGAACAAUUUACGAGUUUGAAUACUGGACACAUCACUUGAGCAGAGUAAUCCAUGAACGUUCGCACAGUAUCGUGUCGCUGCACUCGUUGUGGCGUUGAAAGCAG